AUGGCCAGUGUAGAAGAAAAACGUGUUGGUGGGCACACUGCCAGCUCCGCGACAACUACGGAGGUUGGAGAAGACUCUAUAAACAUCACAGAUCAUGUGACUUACAAAGGUUCCUUGGAGGAACAGGACCUCAGUGGACUCUAUCAGUCCCUCUCCAAACGCCAAAGUCGUCAAUCAAACCAUACCAGCCACGCAAACCACGCCCCUCGAGACCCAUUCAAUACAGAGAGCCCAGGAUGGUCCCUGGAACAUGCUCUGCGGGCUGCUAUAGACCGCGCUGAACAUGAUAAUCUCGCUCCAGUCUCUGCAAGUAUGGCUGUUUGCUGGACGGAUAUUGGUGUGUAUGGGGAAGGCGUUGAUUCGGUCACUCAAUCCGAUGUGACCUCUGUCUUCAUUGAAUCUUUUCAGUUCCUCCGUCGUCUUUGGAGGCGGUCUCCGGAAAGACAAAUCCUUCACGGAAUCGAUGGGUUACUCGAGGAGGGGGAGAUGCUUCUGGUUCUGGGACGACCGGGAAGCGGCUGUACAACCCUCCUGAAGACGCUUGCUGGCCAUACUGAAAGUUUCUCCAGAUGGUCUGGUGACAUCACAUACCAAGGGAUACCGAUAGAAACCAUGAAAAACCGCUUCCGUGGCUCUGUCGUCUACAAUGCCGAGACUGAAGCUCAUUUCCCGCAUCUAACUGUCGGGCAGACGUUACGAUUUGCGGCUCUGACAAGGACUCCUCGACAACGCCUUGGUGGCAUAUCCCGGAAGGAGUAUGCGGACCGACUGACAGAGGUCCUUGGGGCUACAUUCGGACUGAAGCAUACUUUCAACACAAAAGUUGGUAACGAUUUCAUCCGUGGGGUUUCUGGUGGGGAGAGGAAACGUACAUCGAUCGCAGAAAUGUUAACCACCCGCGCGUCUGUCACGCUCUGGGACAACUCGACUCGAGGCUUAGACGCUUCAACGUCCUUGGAGUUCGCGAGAGCACUGCGGGUGGCUACAAAUCUCACCGGCAACAUUGCAAUAUCAGCACUCUACCAACCUGGAAACAGUCUCGUGGAGAUAUAUGACAAGGUCACAGUGCUUUACCUUGGCCAUCAAAUUUGGUUUGGCGAGUUGGAGGAUGCCCGGCAAUUCUUCUUCGAUAUGGGGUUUGACUGCCUUCCACGCGAAACUACCGCAGAGUUUCUCACGGCGAUAACCGAUCCCAAAGCUAGGCGGGUCAGAGCAGGAUUCGAAAACCAAGUCCCCCGUACUCCGGAAGAGUUUUCUGCACUCUGGAAGAAGAGUAUAUACUAUUCGAAUUUACUUCAAGCCAUCGAGCAUCAUCGGACGGUGUUUCCUAAGGGGGCUUACGAUACUUUGCAUAAGCUGCAGACUAUCCAAGCGAAAGAAAAGUCGAAGGGGGUUCGAAAAAACUCUCCACACAUACUCAACCUCCAACAGCAGUUUAACGCAACAUGUACCAGGGCGUACCAACGCAUCCUAGGAGACAAAGCUUAUACGAUAAUAAUCAUUUCGACAAUGGUUGUCAUAUCACUCGUCAUUGGAUCUAUGUUUUUCGAUAUCACGGAAGACACCAGCGGAUUUUUUUCUAAGGGAGGAGUAAUCUACUUCUCUGUUCUCUUCAACAUCAUUGUCAACUUUGCUGAGAUCGCAGCUCAGUAUGAGCAAAGGCCAGUCGUGGAAAAACAUAAGUCAUACGCGAUGUACCACCCAUUUGUCGAUGCCCUUGCCACAAUGAUCACUCAGUAUCCGAUCAAGUUUUCAAAUGUGGGGGUAUUUACUAUCAUCAUAUACUUCAUGACCGGUUUUAAGCGGGAAGCGGGCCCGUUCUUCCUCUUCACACUCUUUACGUUGCUCACAUCUCUUUCCAUGACCGGACUUUUCCGAACAGUAGCCUCUCUGACCGAUACAGUCGAGGGCGCCCUAGGAAUUUCAGGUGGGUUCAUGAUUGCCAUGGGUCUAUACGCCGGAUACAUCAUUCCGAGACCAUCAAUGCACCCGUGGUUCAAAUGGAUUAGUUAUAUCAAUCCGAUAUACUAUGCAAUUGAAGGACAGAUGGUCAUGGAGUUUCACGGCAGAAAGGCUCCAUGCGGAGCAGAGUUGGUGCCAUCCGGUCCCGGCUUCGAGAAUGUCAGUAUUGCCCAUCAAGUAUGUGCCGUGACAGGUGCUCGUCCUGGGCAAAAUUACGUUCUGGGGGACGACUACAUUGCAGCAUUCGGUUACUCCUACUCCCAUGUGUGGCGCAAUCUUGGAAUUUGCAUCGCAUUCUUCGUAUUUUUUGUCGCAACAUAUGCUACAGCCACCGAGUUCAAAAAGCCGCCAACGUCAAAGGGCGAAUUCCUCAUCUUUCGUCGACCUAUUUGGGGAUCUCGUCAUGCUGAUGAUCCGGAGGAGAAAGGUGGCGUCCCUUUCCAGUCACUCGACCAAGACGGUACUCCCAAUUUCGAUGCGGUUAUCAAAGGGAAGGAUGUUUUCACAUGGCAGCAUAUGAAUUACGAUGUCGACAUCAAAGGCGAGACACGUCGACUUCUCAACGAUGUUCAGGGCUACGUAAAACCUGGGACCUUGACAGCUCUGAUGGGAGAAUCAGGUGCCGGAAAAACCACUCUGCUGAAUGUUCUUGCCCAGAGGGUGACGACGGGUAUCGUUACUGGAGAUGCUCUCAUUAAUGGCAGUCCACUUGAUCAGUCAUUUCAAAAACAGACAGGCUAUGUCCAGCAGCAAGAUGUUCACCUUUCAGAAGCUACGGUGCGUGAAGCCCUUCGAUUUUCAGCUCUAUUACGGCAAGAGCGAGGGAUCCCGGUGGCCGAAAAAUACGACUACGUCGAAAAGGUUAUUGCUGCCCUUGGAAUGGAAAGUUAUGCCGAAGCUGUUAUAGGGGUUCCAGGCAAGGGACUCAAUGUGGAACAACGGAAACGCACAACCAUUGGUCUCGAACUUGUUGCGAAACCCGCACUUCUCCUCUUCCUUGACGAACCUACUAGUGGACUAGAUUCUCAAUCUGCUUGGUCUAUCAUCAGUCUUUUGAGAGGGUUGGCUGAUGCCGGCCAGGCCAUCCUUUGUACUAUUCAUCAACCGUCCGCCGUCUUGUUCGAGCAGUUCGACCGGAUCCUUCUCCUGGCGAAGGGCGGCAGAACUGUGUACUUUGGAGAAUUGGGCAAAGAUUGUAAAACAAUGAUCAGUUACUUUGAGAGAAACGGCGCACCGCCUUGUGGUCAAUCAGAAAAUCCUGCCGAAUAUAUUCUCGAUGUCGUUGGCGCCGGAGCAACCGCACACGCGUCAAAGGAUUGGGCUGAGAUCUGGAAGGCUUCUCCUGAAAUCCGAAGUGUGUCCGAAGAGAUAGCUCGUUUGACCUCAGAUCGAAAAGGGGAGAGGUCCCCCACGCAUGUCGGCGGUGGCUUCGCAAUGCCUUGGUUUUCCCAAUACCUCGCGGUUCAGAAGCGUCUAGCUCAACAAUACUGGCGAAGCCCUGCCUAUGUGCAGAGCAAAUUAUUGAUCAACAUCAUCGGAGGUCUCUUCAUCGGAUUCACUUUCUGGAAACAGGAUUCAUCAGUUCAAGGACUACAGAACAAAGUCUUUGCAGUCUUCAUGAUCCUCUUACUCUGCCUGGUACUCGUUGUUCUUCUCCAGCCACGCCUCAUCGACUACCGAGAUUUAUACGAGGUCAGAGAAAGGCAUUCCAAGAUGUAUCAUUGGACAGUCUUCAUCGUUGCAAGCAUUCUUGUCGAGGUCCCCUUCAGCGUCGUUAUCUCCAGCUUAUGCUUCAUCUGCUGGUAUUUUCCCGUUGGUUGGACCAUAACGAGCGGCCGGGCGGGAUUCAUGUGGUUUGUGUUUGUCCUGUACCAAUUCUACCAUACCAGCUUCUCGCAGACGCUGGGGAUCGUCGCGCCUAACGCUGAGAGCGCCGCCAUGCUCACCAUUCUCUUCUAUGCCUUCAUCCUCGCUUUCAGCGGCGUUCUACAACCGCUGGGCCAGCUCGUCGGAUUCUGGCAUUUCGCGUACGAUGUCUCUCCUUUCACCUGGCUUGUUUCCGCAAUUGUUACUGAUGGUCUUCACGACGCGCCUGUCAAAUGUGCACCGGAAGAAGUCAACAUCUUCCAACCACCGCCGGGGAUGACAUGCGGGCAAUACGCGGGCGCAUGGGCGAAUGCCUCUUUCGCAUCCAUAUACAACCCUCAAGCCACAUCCAACUGCGAAUUCUGUCGGUACUCGGUCGCCGACGUAUAUCUGGAAGGCGUCAAUAUGAAAUAUAGCGAGCGCUGGAGAAACGUGGGGAUCCUGAUUGCGUAUAUCGCUAUCAACACGGUCCUCUUCUUCAGUGCUUAUUAUCUGCGUUCGGAGUUUCGAUGGCAGGCGGUCUUGGAUCGCUGCUCGCGGCUUCUGGGAGCGAUGAAAUUGUCAACGCAGCAGAAGUUGAAUAAGAAGGAGAAAGUCUCGAGUUCCGCUUAGCACCAUGAUUUAUUUCCUUUCGCCGUUUUCUUUGGAAUCUUAAGAACACACACCCUAUAGAAUAUCUAUCUAUCUAACAUUCUUUAUAGAGAAACCCCCUUUUGUAUUUCAUUUUAUCUCAUUUCAUCCCAUCCAUUUAUUUUUCUACCCCAAAGACUGUCUUUAUAGAGAGAUAGAUUUCU